AUGCGAGGGGCGUCGCAUGCGACAACGCCUAAACCAUACACUAGCCCCAUGCACAUCGAGAGCAUGGUCAACUGCAAGAUGAGCUCGCAGAACGAUUCGGUCGAGGUGGAAAGUCUACUGAUGAGCCCCUGCUGGAACCAGUCCACCAGCGUCAGUGAUCAGUACCUGCUCGACGGUCACAAGCUGCUGCUCGAGGCCGAACUCGACUCGCUGCCGAGCGAUGGCGAAACGCAAAAGAGCUCCAUGGACGUGCUGGAGAACCUGCUGCUCAACUCGGCCGCCUCCAUCACCAGCAACGGUGCGAACGGCCACGGUCACUCGAACGGUCACAUAGGGGGCGGCGGAGGUGGCGGCGGCGGAGGCGGAGGAGGUCUCGGGAAUGGAGAUGUGAAGCCGCUGCCCUCGUUUACCUCCUUCAACACUGGCCACCUCUCGAUCAAUGGUAUCUCGGGCUACCAUUAUACGGCGAUCGCACAACGUCUACCGGAGGAGAACAAUAAUUACACGCAAAACACGUACACGAGUGCAGCGAGCAGCGGGUCCGGCCAUCUGGGUGGCAGCAGUGGGACCACGAAUGGCAACGGCAAUGCUCCCGGUACCGGAAACAGCGUCGGUUCGACGGGUAGCGACAACAACAUCGUCUCGUCGACGUCAACCUGCCUGCCCGACUCGGUGCUGAAUCCGGACGGAUCGAGUGCCGACAAUGGAGGCGCUGCCUGCAGUCUGGCCGAUGUGAAGCUCUUCUCGGAUGGGUCCCUGGACGGUACCAAAAUCUACAGUGCACCUGCAGACAGUUGCGUGAUGAAUGGUGCCGACUCUGUAUCGAGCGCGCGAAUAUUCGUUGAUACGAAGGAGCUGUCCGAGUACGAUAUGAGCUCGAUCGAGGACAUUGCGGCGAUCAUUGGUUCGGCGAUCGCCGACACAACCGUACCGAGCAGUAAGGUAGAGAAGGAGGAUGGCAAUGAUACGCGCGACUCGUGGAUGGAUCUGGACGCUUGGAUCGAGGGCACCUGCACCGGUGUGCCGGAUGGCGGUAAGCUCAUAGUAACGCAGCAGGACUCGCUCAGCGAACUCAUCCUACCGAGCUCCCCUGUGCACACGUCCUCCGGCACCAGCUCCACACUGCAGAGCCUGCUGACGCACGGGUACAUGCCGCUGCUGCAGAACCGAUUACAGCACGGACCGCCGAUCAAGCUGGAAGCGCCCAGCUCGACCUCGUACUGCGGUGAGCUGAUAUCCACCUCUACUAGUCCACCCGGCUCGGUCGUCUCGACCUCCACCGACAAUCUCAUACUCAACGGCCGGUACCUGCAGGGACAUCAUCACCAUCAAAACGGACAUCACUUUGCGCUCGGGUCCAUGGGUUCGCUCACCAAACCGGACGGGCUCUGCAGCCCGGAGCUCGGCCUGAGCAAUUAUCCCCACACGACCACCACCACCUCUACGUCCUCCUCGAGCGCUAGCAACUCCCCGACGACACCAAAAAGCAAACGGCGCAACCACAAGCAGCAAUCGAAGCAACCGGGAGCGCUCGUACCGACGCCCACCGGUGCCCUCUCCACCCAACAACACCAGCAGCAACAGCACCAUCAACAGCAGCAGCAGCAACAACAGCACCAUCAGCAACAGCAGCAGCAACAACACCAUCAGCAACAACACCAGCAGCAGCAACACCAGCAUCAGCUCAACGCUCAAUCGCAACAGGCCGCGGCACUCAGCUUCCAGGCGGCGAACGAUCUCAGCGGGCUUCUCGGCAAGGAGAAACCGGUCCACCGGUGUAACAUCUGCAACCGGGGUUUCCUGAACAAGAGCAACAUUAAGGUCCACCUGCGGACGCACACGGGCGAGAAACCGUUCCGUUGCGAGGUCUGCGCCAAAGCCUUCCGCCAGAAGGCGCACCUGAUCAAGCACCAGCAGAUACACAAGCGGAUUGGGCGCGAUUGA